CAGUUGGGCGUGUGUGCCAUGCAAUUCCUCAGCGUGUCGUCCUCUCCUGCUGCCAGGACCGCAACAACACCACUACCACUGGGUGGAUCCUCACACAGGGAUGAGGUCCAGGCCAUUCUGGAGCCGUGGGAUCACGAGCGGCGGUGAUGACCAUGGCGGCGAGCGAAAAGAAGAAGCCGAGGGGACGAAGAGCAGUACAAGAGCAUCUCCGGUGGAGGAGUUUUCUACGACGGACACUACCAGCAAGACCACGAGCAAGGUCAGCUCCAGCAGGGCCGCCACCGCCGCGGCACCUCAACACGUCCGCAGCCUCGGCGAGAGCCGCCGGAACACGCCGCCGCCGCCGCCAUUUGGGAUUACACCGCCUCACGCCCUGACCGCCACCGCAUCCACGGCUCUCGCCGUAGCACACCGAGACCGAGCCGCACACGCCGCAUGCCAGCCAGCGCGAGGCCCCCUGGCGACAAGCACGGUGUUUGGGCACUACCCCGCUUGUGGACACCAUGCAGACGGUGGUGACGUUGGCUGGGUGGGCAUCAGGCACACCAGCGGCAAGGGCAAGGCUGCCUCUAGUGCCGCUCGAGACGUCCGUAGCCUCGGCGAGAGCCGCCGGAACAGCCCGCCGCCGCCAUCGUUUAGUAUUGCACCGCCAACCGCCUUGACAGCCGCCGCUUCCACGGCUAUUGCCAUGGCAUUCCGACACCAAGAAGAACUGGCUUCACACGCCGCACGCCAGGAAGCGCAAGACGCCCAGGCGGCAGUCAACGUGAAAACCUGUGGGGUAGGUUGUGGACACAAUGCCGAGGGUGAUGAAAUUGGCUGGGUGAAUAUCAGAGACGUCAGUGGCAGGGGCAUGGGUGUCUCUUCUGCCGCUCAGUACCUCCGCAGCCUCGGCGAGAGCCGCCGGAUCAGGCGGUCACCGUUGGUUAGUACUGCACCGCCCACUGCCCUGACGGCCGCCGCUUCCACGGCUCUAGCCGUGGCAUACCGAGACCAACUGGCUGCACACGCCGCACGCCAGGCAGCGCGAGUCCCCCUGGCGGCAAGCACCAUGAACGUGUUUGGGCACUACCCUGGUGGUGGAUACCAUGGCGAGGGUGAUAACAUUAGCUGGGUGGAUAUCAGAGACGCCGACGGCAAGGGCACGGGUGGCUCUAGUGUCGCCAGGCGCUCUGACCUCUCAUUCUCGAUGGCCGCCGUUCCCAUUGCUUUCGCGGCAAACCAGUCUUUCGGGGCUCCUCCGGCGGCUAGCGCCACGGUGACCGCGCACCACCUCGGCGGUGGACACCUUUCUGGCAAGGCUUCAGGUCCCUCCGGUGCGAUCAGACUCUCUUCUGCGGCACGUAACAGCACCGGCAGCGAGAUGUAUGCGACCGGCAGCGGCCGUGGCGGUGACGGCGAAAAAAACAGCAGCACCAUCAACGGCGAUGAUGGUAGUUGUAGUGCCACGCAAUCUCUACCCACCUCCUCGAUCGACGCCGCCGGAGAGUCUGCUGCUGCUCCUCCUGUCGCUGGUAGUGCCCGCACAGCAGAAGGUAAAGAGACGGAUGGAAAGUCAGCACACCUGGAAAGAGCGGGGGCCCAAUCCCCGAAAAGCGGCACGAGAAAACCGGCGCAUAAGCGGCACCCCUGGGGCGGGAAAGACUGGGCAGGGCACCCUAUAUCCAAAAAGCUCCAGAAACAUGUCAAGGAGAACGACAAGGCGUGGAGGAUGCAAGGCGGAAUCAUGAUGGGAGCUGACGGCAGCCAUUUCUUUUGUAGUGUCUGCGGAUAUCCGGGUGAAGUCAUUUGCUGCGACGAGUGCCCCCGUGUCUUCCACCCGGGGUGUCUACGCGUCAGGCUGAAUAGCCAGCAAGCCGCCGCUGGCCAAACCACAGCUGACACGUGGCACUGCCCCGUGUGUACGGAGGGCCGGGGCAACCAAUCUGGUCGUCGGGGUAAGCAUCGGCAAGGAGCACGCGCGUGACAAGCACGUGUGAUUCUCCUCAACAGGAAGCAUUCCUGUGGGCAAGGAGUUGCUCUUCUCGUACCUUCCGCCUGUCGCCGUCGGUCUACAAGAGACAAAAGCGGUGAAAUGUGCUUGCCGGGAGCCAAGGGGCCUUGCGCGGGCUCCACGUAGCGGGCACAAGGGUCAACUGUAGAAAGUGCGUUCUUAUUAUUCUUGUCAAGUGCUCUUUCAUCAUGAAAUGUAGCCCUCUUGCAUGGUUUGGUGCGCCCUGAAACAGUGGUGGGAGAUACUGUUUGGCAGACUUGAAAAAUAAGUAAAAAUGUUAACGGAAAGUUGAUGUUGUAGGGCAGCGAUCCCACAGGAGAUUCUACCGCACUUUUAUGUGUCUGCUUGGAUUCUCUCUGGGCUUGAAGCACCCAAAUAAUGGGUUGUCAGGGAGAGAUCGGCUGGUAGUAUUGAGCCAAGCAGCAGAAUAUGAAAAAGUAAUUGUACGUUUGUCCAUUGCACCCUGCGCGUGCGUUGGUAAGACACGGACAAGAACGGGGCCCGGUACCCCACCAUGGUCGAGUCAGAGAAAAUUGCAGCUUGAACAACGUCUUGAGGUGUAAUUCGACACCAGCAGAGGUUGUUGGGGUUCAUCACGUUGGUGUGAUGGAGUGUUAGGACGGGAGUGGGAGUGAUCCUGCCUGAAGACCGAAGCGCAGCUAUGUACCACGGAGGGCAAUCUUACUCGUUGUCGUACGGAAGAACGAGGAUCAGUCUCGCCUUGUGAUGUUGGCGGUGCACUUGGCACAUCUUGAGCUUGAGCGGCUUACCGUGUAUCAACGCCCAUGGCACCUCUUCGGUACGUGACUUUAUGGCGUACCGUAAGCUGUCUUAUGCCUUCGUAUCGGAAUGACCGUGAAAAGCUCAAGCGAGCUGAGCGACGGGGACGGAGUGGGAGCGAGCACGGUAAUCCGCAGUACGUUAGAACAAGUUGUAUUAUGAUGGUCUCACGUGCUGAUUGUCAUUGUUUGUGAGGUAGUGAUGCUGUCAUGAGUGUUCGGAAUUGAACCGCGUGAUUUGCCGGUAGUUACAGAUGAACACGCAAGUACACGGUUCAGGGUCGGCAACGAGAGCUCGGAGAGACUGCAGGAUGUGAGUGCAAUUUAAAAGCCAGUUGCUCUGUGGGCUUGUUGUGGAUCUGUCCUGCUUACCCUUGACCCUCCCGGAAUGAGCCGCGAAUGACAGGCGUGGGGGGGGUCCAUGCAGCGACGGUGGCGGCGAGACGUAAAUUCAUGGGGCGGGAGAGGGGGGAUGAGAGAUGUGUGGCAGAGUGUGAAUUACGAUGUUGACUGCUUCUUCUCAGCGAAAACCACCUGCGUCGCACCGGUGACUGUCAACACGUCAUAGUACUCAGGGUCUAUGGGAAGGAAGGGCAGCAAGCCAGCCAUCCUCCGGGCGAGGAAGUAGGGGAUGAAUAGGCCUGCGGUGUCGUGCGGGACUGUGCAGAUCACUGUGCCCUGCUUGCUAGAUAGAUUAUGGCUUCUGUUUUGGGUUCUAGUAUGGGGUGUGCCGCGCAUAAACUUAAUCGCGAUGCUGGUGGCGGUUGUGGUGUUUUACGGCCACACAGAAAUGCAAUCGUUUGA